AUGUCCCUCUCCUUUUACUCGGCAACACGAGCAUCACUCUCUCAGCUCGUAUGUGCGGCCGGCCCCUCGACGUCGCGCGCGCUUCAUGCCUCGGCCGUGGUGAGCCGCGAGUCUGCACACAAGGCGCAGGCUCGUCGGAAGCGUAAAAAGGUCUAUGCGGGUCGUGAGAAGCAGGCUAUCGCCGACACGGAGGGUGCGGUUCACCUUGCUCUUGGGUCGAGGAAAAACGACCCCAGUGGCCCGUCGGCACUAUACUCUGGCUCGCGCCUUGAGAAGACGGUCAUCAAGGCCGACGAUGUGUGGUACACUCCUCCGCCAAAUUACGCUGCUGGUGAAGAGCCAAAACACUACGUGUACGGGUUAAAUGCGGCCGACCGUGAACUGCUGUUUGGUGCGCUUCCACUUGCGACAAGUGCUCUCUCGUUUGACCCUGAGCGUCCACACCAGAGCGAGGCGCAGGCCGUCGAACAGGGCCAGCAGAGCGAAGUCAUGCGGCGUAUCCUCGACCUGCGUAAUGCCGACAAGGGCGGUAUCGAAGUAGUCAACCGUGCGCGUAUCGUCAAUGAGUUUGGCAAGAACGACAAGGAUACUGGCAACACGAUUGUUCAGGCAGCUCUUUUGACGCACCAGAUUCGCGAGAUGUGGCGCCAUGUCGAGGACAACCCGCGCGAUCUUCAUAAUCGCCGUCGCCUUCGUAUGGCCAUUCACAAGCGCGCACGCGUGUUCAAGUACCUGAAGCGCUCGGAGCCGCUCAAUGAGAGUGCCAGCAAGUGA